AUUGAAAUUAGCCGCAGUCUUACACUGUGCGUGUUUCUCCUGUUAACUCUUGCCCUCGAAACCCAGCAUCAACAUCCCUCAUCACCCACUUCAUCGAAGUGGACACUACCGACAAAACGGCUUGCACGACGACAACCAGAACUCCGACUCCAUGUCGCAUUCUAAAUACUUCACACAGCAGCACGAGCACCGACGCAGAAUCUGCCGACUCAGCUAGGCGUCUUGAUGUGCCCAAGAUGCCCGACGCCCAGCCUACGUCUAAAAGUGCGCGCCUACCGACGUCGCCGAAAGGACAUCCGCUCCCACGCCGAAGUUCGCCUGAGCAUUCAAUCACACUUCGCAACCAUCGAUUAGCACACGAAGCGACCGAGAAAGCCGCAUUAGCAAGGGCCUUAGCCGCUACCAGCUCGGGGUCAUCACCAUCGCCUAACCGACAAUCUUCUGACGAGAGCCACAAUACUGGUCCCAGCGAUCCCGAAAAAUGGUUCGACCAAAACAAUGAGAAUCCUACGACAAUGUACGCCGGAGCGAUGGACGGUAAAAUCGAUCCCCCAUUUUUCCAAAAAGAGAGCGAUUCCUCCAACGACGACGCGAAACCCUCGGCAUAUCCGACGCACUUGAGACCGCCCAUGGACGGAGCGAUGAUCGGGGCCAACAAGCCGAGCGUCACCCAUAGCAGCAGUGCCGACGACUAUCGGAGCGUAAUUGACGAUUUGACGGUCGAGAUCAAGAGGUUGAAGGACGAAUUGAAACGAUACAAGCAGAAAGGACCGGAAUUGAUGAAGAGGGAUAAGUUAUUCGAGAUCAAGGUCCAUGGGCUUCCCAAGCGCAAGAAGAGAGAGUUGGAGAGCACUUUGCGCGAAUUCGCGUCCGGACUGGAAAGCAGCACUCCGAGCGCUGAAGCCUCGUCGUCUCGAAAGAAGUCGAGGCAUAAUGCUCACUUGCACUCCGGCUCUGGCUAUGCGUCGAAGCAUGCGUCGUCUUCUUCAGGCUCACAUUCGAGGCCGGUCGAUAGUGCGUAUGCCUCGAUGUCAACUGGAGCAAAUUCUUCUGGUACACACCUCGCCCGGCCGUCCGUCAGUUCAAGAACGAAGUCAUCGGAGCAGAAAGUGGAGAACUACUUGAAGGACAUUCCUGAGGGAUUGUACCCGCGUCAUAUGGUUUUGACCGAAAAAGAUCGUAAGAAGUUGAUUGUUCGUCGGUUGGAACAAAUCUUCACGGGUAGGAUCAGUGGACGGAACUUGGCUCGCCCUCAACAGAACUCAUCGGCGAACAUUGCCUCAUAUGCCCCGAUCAUGGUGGAGCCGACGACCGGUAACACAACCACUCAUCACGGACCCUCCAACGUUCCCAUCGGCUACUAUGAGCCUUCGCGCGAAGCACCCAUACUUGACAUGGAUGGGAAAAAGAAUGUUGCCAAAGAUGGUGAAUCAUCAAACUCGAACGGCGACCAACGCGACUCAAGUGGCAACUGGACCAAUGCAGUAGAUGUAAGCAGCACUUCACCGCCGGAUGCGCCGCCGCCGGAACAGCGCCCCACCAGACCGCUCGACCUCGACCCGGAUCGUAUGCAAAACCCGACCGCGAAUAUGGACUACAUCCGUCACCUCGGCCUUGCCCCUCCCCAUCUGACGGCCUUGUCAACCGAUGGCGAUGUUUCUCCGGAUGCUGAUGGUUGGGUCUACCUGAAUUUACUUUGCAGCAUGGCCCAACUGCACAUGCUCAACGUCGCCCCUGACUACAUCAGGAGUGCUGUUUCUGAAAAGAGCACUAAAUUCCAACUUUCUCGCGACGGCCGCAAAAUUAGAUGGCGAGGUGGUACGGAGGGAACCAAGUUUAGCAGUGACAGCUCGGGGAAUACCUCUCAGCGCAGUCGUUCUGAUGAGUCCGAUGAGGCACAACCAGACGACCAAGGCAAGAAGCGGAAACACCACUCAGGGAAGAAUGGUUCGUACUCUACUUCGUACGGGAAGAAUCCAUCUGAACAAUCGAAGCUGGAGCAUCCGAUUCCAUCGGCGGACACUUUCCACUACAAGCCUCUUUUCGUGCACCAGUCCUCGUCUGCUGAACAGACUUCACUGGAUGACGUUGGUUCAUCGUAUGGGGCUGCGGAAGACAGCAACAACGGGGAGUCACGAUGGGAUGGGUCGGGGUCCUCGCGCCGCAAGAGGCGUCGGUUGGAUGGUGCUAUCAUCUACUACAGUGGUGCCCCAUUCUGUACCGAUCUUUCUGGCGACCCUGGCGAUGCGUCCCCCGCGUCGUACAUGACCUCAUCUGGCCAAGAUCAACAGCUGUCUUCCAGUGCUGGAUUCAUCAGACCUGCACUUCCCUACCGAACUGAAUCAGGCUCGGCCCUUGUGUAUCGACCCUUGGUUGAGGGUCGUAAGGCCCCGAGUGUGGCUGUCACAACGGAGAACGGUUCAGACGAGAGUGACGGUGGCAUUGAAGCCGACUUCCCCUGGUCCAACGUUCCUCAGGACGCUGUGAGCAGCAAGCUGGAUGCCUGCGGUCUGGGCGGUGUCAUCCCCGAUGACCAUUUUGUUGUUGUCGCUACUACAAAGAGGCCCAAGUUGGAUGUGAAGCACGAAACAACGAUGAGCUUACAGUCUGAGGACUUUUCCAAGCUGAUGAGCAGAAUUACAUCACCCUUGGGUUCUUCCGCGUCCCAGACCAAAUCAACAAUUUCCGAAUCUCGCACCGAGUCUCGCAAGAGAUCGCCGAUCAACAUCGAGUACACGUCGAGGUCUGUUAGGAAGCUCAACCCUACGCCACUACCACCACCGGGCUUGUAUUUCGCCUUCGACAGCGAUACUUCAGACACCUCGGACGACGAUGAAUCGGAUUUGGAUGAUGAUUCAAAGAUGGCAGGCGCUGUACGAGCUCUUGCCCCUGCUGUUGACAGACAGUAUCCUGAUGAUACACGGAUGUCGAGCGGGGAAGAGGGUGACAGCGAGCCGGACAACGGAGAUGAACUGGCUGGCGUUGUAGAUGAUGAAGAGAGCGGCGUCGAGUCCAAGAUCCCCUUACCCCCUCGGGAUCUGCGUCGCACCAGCAGCAGCAGUGCGGUUGCGGCCGCCGGAACCGCUCGAGGUCGCAGCAAUAGCGCUGAACUUCCAGUCGCUCCUGGCAGCUCAGCUGCUACUGCAGGUGGAGCUGAGAGCGGCUACAGCAGUGGCCGCGAGGAGAGUGGCUGAAAUUGAGAGGAGAAGUGGCGGAGCAAGAGCCGAAAUACUUUUCCGAGAAGGUCAUGAGGUAGUUUGCUGAAGAUGUGCAUCGCGUGGCGCUUGGUUCAUCGGGAUAGAUUGGAGCAAGAUAUCCCGAAAUCAUGUUGGAAAGCAUCAUUUCAUGUUUAAUCAUUUCAUCCUACGUCAAUUUGGGUUUGUUUGUCAAGCAGAGCGAAUGUAGCGAUUAGCGGGCCCAAAAGUUGACGGGCUGCGGGCUGCGGGCUGCGGGCCGCGAAAACUCCUGAGGCGUUUUCUCUUCAGCGAUAUAGUUAGGGACCCAACUCAAAUGAUACCCAAAUUUGCUUCACUCCGCCAACUCCAGGGACUCUCACGUGCCGAGUAAAACUUUAACACGAGAGGGCGGGUAGAGCAGAUUCGAUAAACUUGCACCGAUUCGCUGCCCGGUGCCUUAAUGCCUGC